AUGUCAUUCAUUUAUUCGUCUAAAUUAACUUCACUGCUUAUAAUUUUUACUCUCUCAGUGACAGGAAAAAAUCAUUUUGUUAUCACUGGAUUCCCUAGUGUUUCAGAAUUAGAUUACCUUAUUAAUUUCCUUGGAUUGGAGUAUAGAUCACGAGGAAGUCUUGGCUCUGAUCUUCAUUAUUUUAUUACAACCAGGACUGGAGAUAGUUUGCUUGAGUUAUACGAGACGAUUCUUACAUUUCCUUGGGUCAGAAUUAUCGAGCAUCAGUAUCCACUUUAUAUUCAAAAGAAAUCUCUAAUUUAUAAUUCCAACUCAGAUGAAUCAGAGGCUCCAGUUCAACUGAUAGAGCUUCCGAACGAUGACGAGUAUCGCUUAGUUUAUGAGCAUCAUGCAAAACUGCUUAUUGAAAAGCUCAAAUUCAACGACCCAAAUGCACCCUAUAUGUGGCAAUUACUCAAUUCUGGCAACAAGUUAAUUGGAAAGACUCCUGGUAUCGAUAUUAACGCCUAUCCUGUAUAUGCUGCAAACAUAACAGGCAAAAAUGUAAUGGCCGUUGUUGUUGAUGAUGCUUUGGAUACAACGCAUGAGGAUCUCUCGCCAAACAUUAAUUCUGAUUAUCUGGCCGACUUGCAAAAUGACACACGAUUAGAUGCUAGAGGAACGGAUGCGAAAAUGCCAAAAUCUCAAGACCAUGGGACAGAGGUUGCGGGUUUAUACGCAGCUGUGGCUAAUAAUUCAAAAUGUGCAUUUGGAGUAGCUUAUGAUGCCAAGUUGGGAGGUGAGCUGUUUAAUAGAUUAAUCCAUCUGAUUUAUGAUAUAAUCAAGGGUGCUUCGGCAAUUGUGAGUUGGAGUUAG